AUGCGGCUCCGCGAAGCGCCAGACGCGCGCGGGGCUCUUGACUGCACCUCCACCGUCGCGCAACGCGCACGGCAACAGUCUCCCCACUUUACCAUCACUGCAAUAAUCAUGGCGGAUACGGAGAGCUUUGAGCACCAGGUCGCCAUCAAGCUCUCGCGGGCGAUCAACCUGGUCAACCCGAACGACCUGCUCGCCUCGCGCGUCAUAGACAUUGCCAAAUCAAACGACGAGAAGGGGUUCAUGAACGCCGCAAAGUCCUUCGGCAAGUUCCAAGAAUCCUUCCUUUCCGAGCUGUAUGCAGAGAUCGUGUCCCAUGCCAAGCAGGAGACUCCCGGCGCGCCUGAACCCGUAAAGGGAAUCACCGUGCACGAUAGCGAUAUGCUUGAGCCGGAACCGGUCAGGCCGGGUGGGCUUAUGCGCAAGGACGCGCGCCACGCUUUCAAAGCACCGGCAAGACCACUUGAGCCACCUACACCGCGGACCUCUGUGCUUGGGCUGGACAAGCUGGCGAGGGAGAAGCGGGAGGCGCAGGCAGAUCAGGACGGGAGCAGGAAGAGGCCAAGGACGGACGACGGCUUCAAGGUUCCCGCUUUACCUGCAUCUCGCAUGAACAAUGCCCGGCAACGCGGUCCGGAAACGCCCUCACACGGCGGUGGCCUCAGCGAGUCUGCCCGCCAGAAACUCGAAGAGCGCCGGAAACAGCGCGAACAGCAGAAGGAGGGUAUUGCUGCGCACAGGGAAGAACGCAAAGACGCGCCACAGGGUCUGGGCGACUUCCAGCGCCGGUUGAACCGUGACCAGGACCGGGGAUGGAAUGGCCGGAGGGGAGAUGAUAGGCGUGGGCAGGACAGAGGGAGGAACUGGGACGCGACGCCGCGAUCCGAGCGCGGUGGACCUGCACGCGAUGAUGCGCCCAGUUUGCGCGUGCCGAACGUAGGCUGGGACGCAACGCCACGGAACGGGCGAGGUGGUGGCGAAGGCGGAUGGGGCGGAGCGAGAAACAGAGCCUGGGACGCACCUACACCCCGCACCGUGCGCGGUGGCAGUCCCGACGGCGAUCGGCCCGUACAGCUUGACGAACGGGAAUGGGAGGAGGAGCAGUUGCGCAUGGACCGCGAUUGGUACUCUACGGCCGAGGAGGGAGGACUCGUGGGCGACGACAUGCACAAUCCGUUCUUCCAGUAUCAGGAUAAGGAGAGUACGAAGGAGCUGGAGAUUCAGACGAAGGCUGUUAAGAAGAUUUCGGCGAGGCAGGCUCAAUACAAUGCGGAUAACGACCUUUGGGAAGCGAAUCGGAUGGUCACGUCCGGUGUGGCAACGCGCAAAGGCGUGGACCUCGACUUCGAAGACGAGUCCGAGUCAACGGUACACGUUAUGGUGCACGACCUCAAACCGCCCUUCCUCGACGGCCGCACGGUCUUCACCAAGCAACUCGACCCUAUCAACCCCAUCCGCGACCCCACAUCCGACAUGGCCGUCUUCGCCAAGAAAGGAUCCCCACUCGUCAAAGAGAAGCGCGAACAAGCCGAGCGCGCAAAGGCCGCCGCGAAGCUCACCGGUCUCGGAGGGACGGCGCUGGGCAAUGUGCUCGGAGUGAAAGACGAAGAGGCCGAGGCGGAAGUGGAGGGGGAACGCAAGGCGAAGGAGGACGGUAAGGAGGAUUAUAAGGGCGAGUCGAAGUUCGCGUCGCAUCUUAAGACUUCUGCGGGCGUCAGUAGUUUUGCGAGGAAUAGGACGUUGAAGGAGCAGAGGGAAUAUCUGCCUGCGUUCGCUUGCCGUGAAGAGUUACUCAAGACCAUCCGCGAGAAUCAAGUCGUUGUUGUCGUCGGCGAGACGGGUUCAGGCAAGACUACCCAGCUCGGUCAGUUCUUGUACGAGGACGGAUACUGCCACCACGGUCUCGUGGGGUGCACCCAACCUCGACGUGUGGCGGCUAUGUCAGUCGCCAAGCGUGUGAGCGAGGAGAUGGAGUGCAAGUUGGGCGGCACCGUCGGCUACGCGAUCCGGUUCGAGGACUGCACGUCGCAAGAUACGAGGAUCAAGUUCAUGACAGACGGUGUGCUUCUUCGCGAAUCGUUGAACGAGGGCGACCUAGAUCGAUACAGCGUCAUCAUCCUCGACGAAGCGCACGAGCGCUCCCUCAGUACCGACGUCCUCAUGGGUCUCCUCCGCAAGAUCCUCUCCCGCAGACGCGACCUCAAGUUGAUCGUCACAUCCGCGACGAUGAACGCCGAGAAGUUCUCGCAGUUCUACGGCAAUGCUCCGUGCUUCACUAUCCCUGGACGUACUUUCCCCGUUGAGACCUUCCACGCCAAGUCACCUUGUGAAGACUACGUGGAUAGCGCCGUGAAACAGGUGCUCAAGAUUCACUUGUCGCUUCCUCCGGGCGAUAUCCUCGUCUUCAUGACCGGUCAAGAGGAUAUUGAAAUCACCUGCCAAGUCGUGCAAGAGCGAUUGUCGCAGCUUGACGACCAUGCGCCUUUGGCCGUGUUGCCUAUCUAUUCCCAGAUGCCCGCGGACUUACAAGCGAAGAUCUUCGAGCCCACUGCUGACGGUCGGCGCAAGGUCAUUGUGGCCACCAACAUCGCCGAGACGUCCCUCACUGUUGAUGGUAUCUUGUACGUUGUAGACGCCGGCUACUCCAAGCUUAAGGUGUACAACCCCAAAGUCGGCAUGGACGCUCUUCAGAUUACCCCCAUCAGUCAAGCGAACGCGAACCAACGUACAGGACGCGCCGGGCGUACAGGCAGCGGCUUCUGCUACCGCCUCUACACGGAGAUGGCAUACCGGAACGAGCUGUUCGAGAACACGAUCCCCGAGAUCCAGCGUACAAACUUGGCCAACACCGUCUUGCUGCUCAAGUCACUCGGCGUGAAGAACCUCCUUGAGUUCGAUUUCAUGGACCCGCCUCCUCAAGCCAACAUCCUCAACUCAAUGUACCAGCUCUGGGUCCUCGGCGCGCUAGACAACGUCGGCGACUUGACGCCCAUCGGCCGAAAGAUGUCCGAGUUCCCGAUGGAGCCGAGCAUGGCCAAGAUGCUCAUCACGAGCGUGGAGUACAAGUGCUCGAGCGAGAUGUUGACGAUCGUGAGCAUGUUGAGUGUGCCGAGUGUGUUCUAUAGGCCGAAGGAGAGGAUGGAGGAGGCGGAUGCUGCGAGGGAGAAGUUUAAUGUGCCGGAGAGCGACCAUUUGACGCUGUUGAAUGUGUUUCAGCAGUGGAAGAGUCAUGGGUUCCGCGACGACUGGGCGAUGAAGCACUUCUUGCAUCCCAAGCUGCUCAGGAAAGGGCGGGAGGUCCGAGUGCAGCUGGAGGAUAUCAUGAAGUUCCAGAAGAUGGACAUCAUCGCUGCUGGGACCGAUUUUGACGUUAUUCGCAAGGCGAUCACUGCUGGAUACUUCCACCAGGCCGCGCGCGUGAAGGGUAUUGGCGAGUUCGUCAAUAUCCGCUCUGGGUUGCCGACGCAUUUGCACCCGACGAGCGCGCUGUAUGGGCUUGGAUACACACCAUCCUAUGUCAUCUACCAUGAGCUCAUCCUGACCUCUAAAGAGUACAUGACCCAAGUGACCGCCGUCGACCCCUACUGGCUCGCCGAACUCGGCUCCGUCUUCUACUCCGUCAAAGAGAAAAACUUCGACGAGCGCGGCAACCGGCGCCAAGCGGACCGCGAGUUCUCGCGUCGCGCGGAGCUGGAGACGGAGAUGGCGAGGCAGAGAGAGGAGAGCGCGAGGAAGGCGAAGGAGGAGGAGGAGGCGGUUAAGGUUUCGAGCGGGUCGGCUGCGGCGAGGAUUGCGAUGCCUGGGACGCCGAGGCAUGUGGGGGGUUUUGCGUCUACGACGAGGGUUACGAUGACGCCGAGGCGGAGGCCUGGGAUUUAG